CUUUUUUUAUUUCUUUAUAAAAUGGACCAUAACUCAUGGAUUGCCAGUUUCGCUUUUCUUGUUGUUCACUUUUUAUAGUAGUUUGUGAUGUUUUUAAUAUGACAAUGUUUUUAACUCAAACUGUACUAUUGUACUUUCAGGACUACGAGUCUGACUUUGAAGAGUACCUGGAGUCAGAGGAGAGUAGUUCUCAUACUGAACAAGAUGAGACCUCCAGUGACACGGACACGCUGGAUGAAGAUGAGGCAGGGGAUGGAUUCAGAACUAAACUGACAGCACAUGAAGUAAAGAGCAUUCAUCUUGAAAAUUCACCAACAAAGAGUAUUUUGAAACAUGCCACUGAUGCAGGCCACAGCAGUGAAGUCAGCAAAGAUAUCAAACCUGAUAAAGAUAAACCUCUGACUGUGGAGGAGGAACGGAAAUUGGAUUCAGGAAGCUAUGACCUUGCGAGUCAUGCAGAUGUGAGAAGAAAAAAGCAAAUUCAAGAUAUAAGAGCUGCUAUGGACAAAGAAAAUUCAAACCUCAGUAAUAAACUCCAAAGUCAUCGGAAAAUGAGAUCGUUCACAGAAGAUGAGGGGUUUGUGGAAGUCUUUAACCAAGACUCUUCCCAAACGUACCAGGAAAAUGUACAUUCUCCAACUGAGGGGUUGAUCAACUUUGCCACAGCCAGGAAACAUCAGAUGAAGCAAAAGGCAAAGGUGAAAGUUCAGAAGAGAGGGGCGUUGUUGAUGGAAAUGAUUAAACUGGAUGUGAUGAACUUCCAGCUUCUAGAUAUACCUUCAGUGCCUUAUGAAGUUUAUAUGAAAUGCUAUGGCCGUUCCAACACUUUACAGAUUCACACUCAGACCAAUGAGGAUGCCAUAACGGAGGAAGUACAAACAGACGAAGUGGAAACUACUUGUAAAUGGACUCAGCAUCCUGUCAGAUACUCUUCACCUAAAUCUCCAGAUGAUUUGCUUUUUGCCUUUUCACAAGAAAGGCUUGGUGUUGGUGGUGAAAAGACGGUUCAUGAAAACGAAGAAGCCUGGUUUCCUAAACUACAUGUCAAUUCAUUGCAGUUACACAAUUUUAUUAACAAUGCUGGGGAAAUGAUAUUAUCGUUGCUGGAGGAAAGUGAGCGGGACCGGCUGGAAGUGAACAAAGCAGCCAACAAGAGAGACUUUGGGUUCAGUGAUAGCUUCACAAGGUUGAAUGUUGGGAAAGUUGACUUCUUGAAAGGCCGACCGGUCUCAAUUGUCUGCUUUUCAGAAAGUAACAGUUCCCACAUACUGACUGUUCAUGAGCCUUCUACUGAGCAGCCACUGACGAUACAGGCAGAGUCAGAAGGACGUUGUGUCCUGUGUACCUGGAGUGUCCGGGAGCCCAGCUGCCCACUCCAGACGCUGGUCGCAUCUAACCUUGCCACCUCCGUCUGUUUCCACUCAUACCUGGUGUUUGCAGGUCUUGUUGAUGGUGUAAUGUGCCUGUGGGAUUUGCGUGAACAAUCCAUCAUCCAUUGCCGUUGUUUUCUCAAGCAACCGGAUUGGCUCUUACGAUCACCCACGUACAUUAGUGCCAAUUUGGAAAGAGACAAACGUCACCUGAGUCCAGUUAUAUCGAUAAAAAUACUCCCAGAGAGUAAUUCGGAUGAUUCUGCUAAAACUACAACAGAACAAACACCUACACAGAUCGUGAGCUUGGACGAGGAUGGUUUGCUAGUGGUCUGGACCAUUGUGGAAACAAGAAGCUCUACCAAUGUGGACUCUGGGCUUGCCCCCUGGGGAAGAGUACGGCUAGUUCAGUCUUCACAUCUCAGGGUUCUCAAAGCAUUCCCUAGAUCAAUUGAGAGAGCGAUACAGUGUCGAUGUCUUUCUGUGGACAGCAUGAAACCUAGCAAUUUGUAUGUCGGCACCAAUUCUGGGCAAGUGUUGCAUUGUUUGCAGACUUCUGUCCGGGCACGGCCACAGUUUUACACUGCAAACAUAGAGACUAACACAAGCAUCACCUGCAUGGAGUUCUCCAGGUGUGGGCAUCCAUUAUUCAUGAUUGGCGAUACUACAGGGAGAGUCCAGAUCUACCGCACGAUGACGGAGAGGCCUCUAGUGGAUGUCUCAGCAUCAGCGGUAUCCCCUGGUCCCCCUGUUAAAGGCCUGCAGUGGUCCUCAGCACAACCAGGCUUGUUCUUUGUUCUGGACGCUAACUCUUGCAUCCACGUUUGGGAUCUAUGCAAGAGCGAUAUGUGUCCGCAGAUGUCUGUUCCGUUCUCAGGACAGACUCUAACCUCAAUCUGUCUCACUCCUCAUUCAGCCAGUAAGAUGAUGGCCAUUGCCUCCGAAGCAGGCACAGUUGAUAUUUACAGUCUGAAAGCGGAGUUUGGUGCUCUUCCGAAGAAAGAAAGUGAACGACUGCAAGAUGUUUUCUCUCGAUACAUUACCAUACUGUAGUGUUAUAUUCUUAUAUACUAUUGUUAUUCUUUGUUACAUUUAAUAGGUUAACAGUAGUUUUAGUAAUUUGUCUUUAGCCACUUUUUAAAUAGUUACCGAUUGUGAAAUUAGAAGGUUUUAUAACUUUAAAUCAAUUCUGGAUGAUUAGCAAUAGAUAGUUUAUAUAAUAUUUUAGAAUAGAUGAAAGAAACAUAAAUUACUCUUAAUUGUAAGUGUGAUUAAAACACUCCUAUUUGUAUUGCGUUUUAACCUUAAUUGAAUUUUAUUUUUCACUAUUUCCAGGAAAUUGAAUUUGGAAAACUAUAUAAUAUUAGUUGGAUCACAACUGUUGAAAGCUGUUCAGUAAAUGAAUAAAUUAAUAUAUUACACAUUAUAACACUUCUUGCAAUGUGUUUUUUCUUUAUUAAUUUCUUAAUGUCAUCUUCGAUUAACUGCAACCAAUAAUCUGUAAGCAUAAAAUUAUCAUAGCUUGAAAUAUAUUACACAAUCUAAAAUUUAGUAGUCUGUAUUUAAUCUUGGACAUGUUUAAAUGGAAGAUUUGUGAAGGUUUAUCUCGACACUUAUGGUUUUAACCUUGAGGUUUCCAAAAAUUAAUAUAAUCACUACUUUUUAAUUAAUAAAGCAUAUUUUUUAAUACAUUUUAGAUUUCACAUAAAAAAACUACUAACCAAACAACUUAUGGGUUUUUCAUAAAUCUGGUAACGAAAUCAAUACAUAGAAUUUUAAUCUCCUUGUCUCAUACAGAUGUUUAUGACACUACAAAUUACAAAAUAUUUCUGCCAGUCUUAAUUUUGUGCAGAGAAUUUUUGGCAAAGGUGAAAAAUCAGAUAGCACUCGCAUGAAAGCAAGACACGGUUGGACCAAGGAUACAAAACCAUUGUCAAGAAAUGUUAACUAACAUCCAGUAGUGUUAAGUGAUGACCACAUUUGUGUUUCGAUGUCUGUUGUGAUUAUUGAACUGUUGAUAAGGAGAUUACACACUAAAGCCAAACUGAUGUAAAUCACAUUAAGAUAUGUGUAGCUCCAAGGCGAACACUAACUGUAAAUUACAACAUCCGUGAGGCAAAAUUGUUUUUGCAUAGCUCUCUGCGUUGUCUCGCCACGAUGGAUGCUCAAUGUACGCAUCAACUGAUGGAUAUUGUUUUCUGUCUAUUCCUAAGUGCAGGAAAGAAGACAGUGGUGUGGCCAUGCCACUUAGCCUUAGCCAAUCAGAGAGAUAUGCUGUGUAACCAAACCAUCCAUUCCCAAACAGACACAGAGCUUAACUUUGAACAUUCUUAAUCUUUGACUUUGGUGCUUUCAAAAGAUAUGGGAGCUGCUCCUAAUCAGAUCGUAUAUAAAUAAAAAGCCUGAUAAGACAGGUUUUUAUAAAAAAUAAAAGUCACUCAAGGAAUUGUUCACAGACUUUCUAAAGUUGCUUGAAGAAGGAUUGGUGAUUGUCAUGAACCAUUGUGUUCAAGUAGAGAAUAUUGAUUACAGGCAAUAGAACAGUGGAUGGCCAGGAGUUGCUUAUGGAGAAAAAUAUAACAUUUUCCUAUUGUGAAAUAGCACCAGAAAUGCUAAUAGAGUACGCCUUUUGAGAAAAAAAAGACAAAUUUUUUUGAACUGGAUGUUUUUCCGAGCUUAAUGGGCCAUGCAGAGAUGCAAGUUCCUCCAUACAUGUAAGAGUGUAUUCUCAUUGAAAUAUUAUGAACUGAAGUGAAAGGGAAAGUUACAGAAAGGAACAAACCUUUACCCAUAUAAAAUAGCUCACUCAUGAGAUACUCAACAGUUUAACACAGGAGGAUCGCUAGUGUCAUAUAGCACAUGCAGAAAACAUGUAGGAGGCUGAUUACGAGAAGGGAUGACAGCACAUAGCAAACAUGAGAAAAAUGUUGUAAACCUAGCUGACAGUGACUAAAUCCUACAAUAGCAGCUUUAUGGUAAAAUUAUACAAAUUUAAUACUUAAUUUAAUUUAAAACUAUUUGAAAUUAUGGAGUACUGAAUUCAAGGUUACUACAAUAAACGUAUAAAAUAAACUGUGUAUAAUUUAAAUAAAAUACUUUAUUAUGUCAUAUUUAAUACAUUUAUUAAAUACUUUCUUCAUACAAAAUAAGAAACUACGUCACUUACAAAGAUAUUUUAAAAUAAUUAUUCACAAUUUCUUAAUAAUCAGUGUUAAACAAAUUGGUUCUAAAAAACUGUUUAUUUAAUUUCUGUCGACAAUGAUAAAUUGAAGUCAAAACCUGCGACAUUAGCUGGAUAACAACUGUCUUCUUUACUGCACUUGGUAACAUCAGUUACAAUAUUAUAUUUCUCUGGUAACAUCAGUUACAAUGUAUUUCUCUAGCAAUAUCAGUACAUUGUAUUCACUGGUAACAUUAAUUACAUUGUAUUUCAUUAGUAACAUCAGUUACAUUGUAUUUCUCUGUAAUUUGCGAUGGACAUCAUCAACUGACAUGACUAUUAUUUGUUAACAAUGCUUAUGUGUUCACGGUGAUAGAGUUGACCCACACACAUAAACGCACAUACCCCUCUUAUUAUUAUCAGUAAAGUAAGUUUGAAAGGUACUUAACAAAGUAAAGUAGUUUAAUUGCUAUACAUUAUGGUUUACCAAUCAAUAAGAUGCAUAAAGUAUUAUCAGGCUGAAUGUAUAAAAUAUUAUUGUAUUUGUUGUACUUCUGUAACAACGACAUGUUAUUAAUGCGUUACUGUUAUUAAAAAUCUUGAUUAUAGUAUACAUGAAAAUUGAUAAAAUAGUUAUAAAAUAUUUAAUAGAUCUUUAAGGUACUGAACUUUUAUUUGAAAAAAACUCUGAAUAAUAAAAUCAAUCUAAUACAACAUAAACUAUUGCUACCAAACUUAAUAAUAAUACUGCUUAUUUUAAAACAUUUAGACAAUUAUAUUUGUAACUUUAAGAUGUAUAAAGUGUGGACUUUUUUGUCAAAACUUAGUUAGUAAACUAAUUAAUAAAAGUUAAUAAAUACAAAGUUUACAGAUUAUCAUUUUUAUUUCAUUUGUUUGCUAGGUACAGAUAGUUUAUUUAUAUUGUAUAAACCAUGAAAUAAAAUUUUUGCAGAAUUCUUUUCAUGGACUUAAAAUAUAUGUUCUGAUAGUUUUUUCCUGAUAGUAGUAACAUAUUUUACUUCUUAUGUGUAAUUACGAGCAUUACUAUUUGUACUUCAAAAUAAAUCCUUAUUAGUUGGUGUAAAAAAUUAUACCAAUAAUGUAUUUAUUAGUGUAUUAUGUCAGAUUGCCAGAUUAAACUUGAUGUCAUCUGUGCCUUAAGGAAAUUAUAACAUUUUCAACUGAGGCCUUAAGAUUGAAAAAUUAUGCAUUUAUCUAUAUCCAUCAUAUCAUUAAAAUUAGUGCAUUUGUAUUCUUAUAGGAUGCAUUUUGUUGAAUUAAAGUUUUAUUAACGAUUUAAUUAAA